AUUAGGUGUUUUGAACUACAAGUCUGUGCAUAUACUUGUACAAAGUACAAACAUAAGUGCAGAAACUAAAGCAAUGUUGGAUUGAAAUUGGCGGUAUUUUUUUCAAGAAAAUAAUAUUCGUGUCGAGCUAGUAAGCAAAUUGUCAUCACAAUACAUUUGCAAGUUGUAACUAUAACGUUAACAUACAAGGCUAAACAUAGCCAACUUAGCUUGCUUGCUAAUGUUUUUACAACACUGUCCAUGGAUUCGACAAGCCAAACUCCGUUGAGUGAGGAUAACUGUAACGUUGCAACGCAACAUUCUGCUCUGUUUUCAGCAUUGGAGCAGUUAAAAUUGUCAAGUUCGACACGCCAGAAAAUUAGCCCUCUUGAUGUGGCAGUCAUUUCUGUUGAGAGGUAUCUAGCUCCAAGUAACGUUAACGCUAAAACCGAUAACAUUAGUUGCACCGAUGUUUAUGCUUACGAUCUGAUUGUGACAGAUGGACUCUGGCAGGUGAAAUGUAAACUUUCCACAAGUCUACACAACUUGCUGUUUAGAAAUAUUCUUCGUAGCGGCAUUCAUGUUCGUAUUUUGGAGCUAGUGCUCAUUUAUGACGAGAGGAGGUUGGGUCAGAGUUUUGUCCGAAUAAAUAACCUCGAAUGCACCUCGGGAGUGUCGGACGUUUUCCGAUCUGUCAAAAACCUUGACGCUCUGUCAGUUUGGACAAAUAAUGAUGCCCGAACGCUCUCCAUUAUUCAAAUGGACCUCCCCCUCGAUGCUGGUCGGAAACAUUAUCUUCCGCUUUGGAAUAACGAAGAUCCGCAUGGCACAGUCUGGUCUCCAAACUGUUCGCCAGUUGACGUAGUCUUUGACGUGUCUAAGAUCUGUCUUGUGGCAGAUCUGGAGUUCUUCUAUGUCAGAGGAAAACCGCCCCGUCCAAUACUUGUCAGAGUAAUGCACAAAUCCCGCUUGAGACACUACGGAAAACCAACCACAAGUAUCGACUUCCCAUAUCAGGCCUACUUUGAGGUGGCGGAUCAGAGUGGUGUCAUCUCCAUGGUUCUCUGGAAUGAGGUGUGUGUAGAGUGGUACCACAAGCUUAACGUUGGAACAGAGCUCUACCUCAACCGCUGCACUCUGAAGCAAGCCUACCAACAGCGCUCCCGGCCUAAAAUGAACAACAGCCUCAUGUUCUUCAACUCCAUUGAAAUCAGCCUGAACCCAGAAUCUGCAGUGAUGUCUGUAAUCCCUCCACGGAAGGUGCAGCCACAGUGGUGUUUACCUGAGGUCUCCUACCUCUUCCACACCAGGUCUGAAAUUGAGAACUUGUGUAAUAACACUGUUGUUGAUGUCAUUGGCCUGGUGACCUUUGUUGGCCGCACAGAGCGACUCCGGAGCCGUGGAAACGCAGUUCCUGACAGGUUCUGGACGUAUCGAUGGGUCCACGCUGUAGAUGGAACAUCCGAGUCUCCAUUUAUCCUUGAGAUCUUCUCCACCUCCCAGCCAGACAUGUUCAACAGCAUCCAUCCAAUGGCUCUGCUGGUGUGUACCCAGAUGAGAGUGUGUUGCGAGCAGGGCUCGCAUCGCUACUUGACGUCCAGUGCAGAAACCCAGGUCUUCACCACAGGCUAUCACAAAAAUCAGCCCUACCAGUCCCAGCCCAAGGUGAAGGCCUUUAUUCAGUGGGUGAAGACGCAGAAGGACAGAGACAUUCUGGCAAAGUGCACAGUCGGAGGCUACUACUGCUGCCCCAGCCCCCAGCCAACCUUUACCCUCAACACUGACCAGAGCUCAGCAGAGACCAAGAUACUUGCUUUAGAGGACCUGAAGAGGGAGUUGGACAGUCUUCAGUAUCGUGAGCAUAAGAGAGUCAUCAUUCAGGGUCAUAUCAUGACUGUGAAGUACCAUACCUGGCCAGUAAGAACCAGAGACCUUACCCACAAUGCACCACAGCAGAAGCAGCAGGUUGAAGCAUCAGUGGUUGUGGCGUCCACCAGUUUGACUCCUCCCAGUGAAGGCCAGGUGGUGGAAUCCGAGGGCCGUCAGACGGGUAGAGACACCCCAGAGUCAUCUGACAGCAGCGCCGGUGUACCCCGCAAACGCAAAAGAGCACUGCCCCUCAAAAGAAAGAUGAAACGGCACUACAUUACCAGGGCUCGUGCGCUCACUCAGAGAGAAAACCCCAUGAAUUUGUCGUUAGAUGAUGAAGAUGAAAGUGAGGAGGAAGAAGGAGCGCCUGAGCCGCAGGACCAGUCGUCAGAGCAAGCCAGUCAGUCAGCAGCCACAGUGGAUAGUUCUUCAGGGACUAACAACCACGGUAGCACAGAGCACAGAUCUGUUCACUCCCCAGAUACAUUCUGGCAGAGCAGCCUGAUCCCUGCGUCCGUUCUGGAGGCCAUUGAGCAUGUGCGGGCCGCUGGUGAUCUGCACCGGGAGAGUGUGGCCGAGUGCUUCUGCUUCGACGACCAGGAGCUGCACCUGCGCCAGAUCAACCUGCACCCAUCGCGCUGGAGUCCAGAGCUGUACCCCCCACAGCACAAAGCCCACCCACCCGCCGCCUGCCACGGAUACUACACACUCACCAUCCUCGGGCUGAAUCAGCAGGUGGCAGUAGAUGCUCUGUUUCUGCCCGUUUGGUCUUCAAAAGACCCUCGGGCAGCCAGCAUGUCAUGGAGUUGCCAUGACAACAGCUUCCUGUCAUGCCUCAUGUCAGGUCACCUCUGCCCUCCUCCCAACGCUGCUGAUCCUACGGACACCCCGUGCCCCACCCCAGAGGAGGUGAUGAGCUCAGCGGCUUCGCUUGAACAGGAGCAUGUGGUGUGUAUGCUGGACCUCUGUCUCCUAGGAGACGGGAAAACAGAGGCGAUAUGCUCAAAGGUCUACAGAAUGAGUGACAUAAUCACCCCACAGACCAACAGUGCCCAGUAGAACACACUUUCAUUUUUAUUUGGUCUAUGAAGACUUGUGAAUUAAUCAUGUAGCCUACAUCUGUAUAUUACAGCGCAAUUUUUUUUUAACUUAAUAUUGAAGAUUGUAUAUAUGUGUGCCAUUCUGUUGGAAUUUUAUAUGUAAAAAUAUAUAUUUUUUGAGUGUGAGAAAUUCUUAUAAAAAUGUUAAUUUAAUAGUUAUGAUUGGAGGUUAUGAUUAAUGUUCAAGUUGGUAUAAUACCCUGAGUUAAAAGGAAAUAGCAUUGCUCAAUAAGUUAAUUUUCAGUAGUCAAUAAGGGCAGUUUAGGCAUGUCUAUCAGGUGUGUUGGUAUUAGACUUGAAAAUGCAAAGGAUUAUGGAUCUGUACUGUUUAAUAAUUAAAUAAAUUGAUGCACAAGCUGUA